AGAUUGUUGCAUCAGUGCAUGAAAAAAUUUUAUAAUAAGAUUUACUGUGGUGUCUGCUACUGUUGGACAAAUGUUUCCAGUUAGACUGAACAACAUGGCGGCAGACAGAGCGUCUGCUCCUGACGUGGAAGUCCUGUGCGUUGUCUAGUUCACUCGCUUCAAAACAAUCGACGCGGAUGCAGGAACCAUGACGACACCAGUCGCUGCUGGGGCGCUGGACGAAGCGGUCUCGCCACUGCUUCCUGGCUGCCUUGGCUCAUCCCGCAGCUGUCAGGCCAGUCGCUCUCCUUCCCCUGACCAGACCUCCAUACCGUCACUGCGGCCGCUCUCGGAACCAUGUUCUUCAGCUCCACCACUCUCACCUCUUAGUUCAUCUCAUUCGUUAGAUUCAUCCCAUCGCUCAUCGUCUAGUUGUUCGCCUGAUGACUUCUUUGCUCCUUUCAGUUCGCCGGGCUCGUUACACAAUUCGUUUACAUCUUCGUUGGAAGCCCUGCACUCAGUUCGAAUAAGAAGUAACGAUAUUUGUACACCGAGCCCAUCUCAUGCGACCCCAAGCAGCUCCGUCGAUCAUGCAAAACUUUUAAAUCAUUCAAAAAACUCUUGCUCCAGUAGCGAUCUGGCGUGUUUCAUGUCUUCUGAAGAAGACACUGUUACUUGUCCCCGCGUAUUGGCAUAUAAGGACGUAUCUGACUAUCAACAAUGCUAUCCAUCUGGUCGUGCUGUUGAUGGUGAGCGAGCCUCUCUACAUGACCACAAUGAACUUUGGUCAUCAGCCCAUAAAUUCGUAAGAGAAAAAGACUGUGGUCAGUAUGCAGAUGCUAAGCUUGAACGCCACGUCACUGAACCUCUUGAAAAUAAUGAUUGCUUGGGUAUGUUUGGGUCAACCUCUAGCAUGUCUGUCGCAAUCGCAAGAGAAGAUGAGCUUUUCAUUAGCUCUGCUUCUCAAGAAGACUUCAUUAACGAGGACGAAUUUCCAUCUAAACGAAGUUCAUAUUCUGUUUAUUCCGGCGGCAAACAUCACUCGAAACCGCCAGAAGAGCCGCUAAUGAUGAAGAGUUCUGUCAGUGAAAUUAUAAAGCUCCGCCACUCAGAUCCUGGGACGAUCAGUCCUGUCUUGAAUAAUUCUAGAUACUAUCUCGUGCCUACCAAUCACACAGAACACGGAACGACCUCUAUUUUGUUCAGUCAAGAUCUCAAUAAUUCUGGAGUGAUGUUCCAAAAUCCUGCUGGCAACGUCCCUCGUGCCUUUCCCUCCACCCAAGUAUCCCCACAAUCGCCUCAGCUUCCCCUGAACUCCGGACUGCACGGUCAGGGCUCGCAGGACUCGGGGAUUGCCUCGUGUGGCCCCACUGAAGAUGAUGUUAGCCUCUGCCUUGCGGCGAGCAGACGAGUCACGAUGGGUACGGUGAGCUACAGCAGCGACAGCAGUCAGUGGCUUGGUUCGUUGGAGUCUGACGGCGCGUCUGUGGACGGACCGGCGGUCGACGUCACUUCAAUGCAAUGUUGUCUGGCCAGCCCUGCACUCCAGCAGUCACGUCCCGUCAAUUACCACUCGACUCUCAAGAAAGAUAUUCUGCCGUGCAGCCGUGAAAUGAUGAAAUUGAAUAAAUCUAACUCUGCACCAUAUGGCAACUACGAAUCCCAGCCAAGAGGCUUCCUGCAAACUGAUACCGAUUCGGCGACGCUGGAAGAUUCUUACAUCGACGAAGCACUGAAGUUUACGGAAACAAUCAGACGUUUUCCCAAUGUAGGAUCGUGUGACGUCUUGAUUGAUGUUAAUGGACAAGAAGUACAACAAUUCAAUCUAUACGAAAAUGACUGCGUGCUUGCAAAUGCUAAUGAUAAAAUUUUGUCGAACUCUAAAUGCGCUCGUAAAAUAAAUGACGGUGUGCGUCGUGAUUUCAAUUCAUUAAAUGUUAAUAAUGGAGUUCAUACCUUGGCAAACGUCUGUCGGAGCUACACAUUUCAAGUCACUAGCACAAGUGGUUAUCUCAACGCACAAAAUUUCACGAUGUCUGCUAAAGACUGCAAAGAUGAAAAUGUUAGGAUAUUUCGCCCUACUUCUUUGAACAAGCCAAAAUUGGACGUGCACUCUUAUUUCUCAGGAAAAUCACCACUAAAUGGCCGAGAAAAAACACAUACCUCUAAAUAUGAGCGUGACUGUAUUUCACCAGUUAAUUUGCAUCUUGUUACUAUGCCUAUUAAUCAGCACAGCGGUUGUGUAUUCCCUACAUUGCAGAACCAACGAUCGUUAACUUUUAGUGAAAUCCGCAGUGAACAGAAAUCCCAUCCUGGCUCGGUUCAGUUUUCUUGUUCUCAUUUAAAUAAUGAGGUACUUCGUGAAAGCUUAAAUGCUAUCAAUGAACCUGUCUAUGCAAUGAGAAUGUCCUCUCAUAUCUCUGGUUAUGCAUCUGCCUUGUCUGCAGCAAUUGUGAAGCAGGUUUUCGAAGAACUACAUUUCCCAACCUCGUCUCAUUUUGCGAUGAAUUGUUACUGCAAUGAACGUUGUAGAAAGCGUUCAAUUUCAUCAGAUCAUUACUAUGAUAAAGCAAUAACUGUAGAAAAUGCUAAACAUAGUUCUUAUGCCAGUUAUUUCAGAAGUGUUCCUUGUCGGGCGGCAGUUCAUUCCGAUUGCUUUACUGGUGAAAAUUGUAACCGAGAUUUUAGCUGGUCAUCAAGAUCAUUAGGUCAUUUACUUUUAAGUACAGAACACCCAUCUCAAACCUUUGAGAAGUCUGAAAAAGUCAAUAAAACUUGUGAUUUUGAAAUGCACCGUUCCAGGUCUUCAACUGAAUUGGAAGUACUUAGAACUAUUCAAUCAAAUUUGGUAACAGGAUCUGUCAAGUGUAAGUUUGGAACAGGGUCGCAAAGUGACGUGAAGAGAAGUGGACAUAAAAGUGAACCUGUCUCGGAAAGUAAGGCGCGUACCGAUGUCUGUUCUACUGCUCGUAAAUCCAGUGUUCGAGGUUUAAUAACUUCGCUUGAUAGUCGAUCUUUUCCUUCGCUUCAUCCAGCCAAUGGCAUUGAUGCUUCUUCCGCAGACUCGAACAUGUCUGCUUGUAAGGUUCAUAACCCAGUACGCCCAACAUCAUCCAAUUCUCUCUCAUUAACUGGUACUCGUUUACCAUCACCCCGGGCGAGCUUUGAAAGUUUUAAAUCUGUUGAUGGUUUACACGAUGGGUUUAGCGAACUAGAAACUAAUGUGUCUUCAUUGGAAGAGAAAGUAAAAAUUGAGGGAGAAUUUCGUUCUAGUGAAUCGGGUAAUGCUUUUCUCUUAGCUGCCUCGCCGUCGCCUCAAGUGGAGUACCCCCAGGGAUGUAAAGGGACUAAUGCGUGUUGUGACGAGGAAGAUUUAUAUCCUAGAGAUUUGGAUACUUCAGAGUACAGUGGACCAUCUUCACGCAAACCAGCUCGUUUUGGCAGAGCAUUAGCUGACAUUCAUUUUAAUUCUAGUCAAAAGAAGAAACGUCGGAUUAGAACUCGAAGAAGAUCAUCUGGCCGUCAACGAGCGAGCAAAAUGCUGCUUGAGAGUAGAGCAAGUAAGAGGUUGUCCCGCUGUAAUGCACUUGCUUCAGACCCGGCUGAAGUUUACUCCCAGCCUGUUGACUCCAUAGAGGAGACGACAAUUGUACAGCCUCGUGCAGUGAUCGCCACGCAACCGCGACGUUUGAGUCAUCGUAAGCACCGCGUCGCGAGUUCCACGCUCAACGUCGGUUUGCCUUUGCUAGAUUCCCCGACCAUUGCUGGCUCAGGGAAUGCGCCUCUAGGUAUUGCAGCUAAUGAGUCGUUCACUCGAUCCGUUCAACCCAGACUUACUUCAACUAAACAAGAGACCAAUGAGAAGAAGAAACACCGCAAAUUUUUGUCGAAGAAACAUACAUUGAGGGUCUGUGAAACAACUGACUUUGUACAAUCAAAGGAAAGUUUCGUACGUAACGUUGGUACAGCUCAUUGCACCAGCCUCAUGCCUUCACCUGACAUACAGCAUGAGCAGAAUCUUCUUCUGAAAUCCAAGGAAGAUAAUGGAGCAGAUGUGAUAGCCAGCGACUUGCCAAGCGGCAACGGGAAGAGCACGAAGCGGAUGUCCCGUAAGGACAAGCACGAACAUCGCAGUCUGUGUCGGCUUCUUCCGUUCGUUGGUAUGCGCUGGUGCCAGCGCAAGGAAGAUCAUUCCAGUGAGUCCAGAGAAGGUGUUUAUGUGGCGUCCGAUUCUGUUGCUUCUUUGGCUCCAGAAGAGAAGAAGCGGAGCUUCCUGAGUAAUCUUCGCUACAAUAUAUUCUCAUUUCUCUCUGUUGGGUCGAGUGAAAAGAGCGAAAUAAGAACAGGUGUUUCUAACGUGUUAGCAAGUGAAGCCGGUUGCGGUAAUGCUGAUGACAUCUGCGUUGCCUCAAAACCCUCGCCUCUACUUCCUCCAAAUCCUUCUGACCUCCUCAAUCACUCCAACUAUUCGGCAUUCACUCGUGCACCUGCAAGACUUCCUUCUGGAGAAUCUCAUUUGUCUGUCACAAGAGGGUGCAGUGAAGCUCCCGACUCUAUGUUGCCCCCUUUCGAGGGUAUAGAAAAGGAAACUCUCGAGGUUCUGACUGAUGGUGCUGCGGUUGGUCCUACACUGCCUCCUCUGAUUACCGCUACGACGGCUCACAUUUCUGCCGAUCUGAAUGCCAUCGAAAGCCGAUCUCCUCAGGGACCACAAAAUCAUCGAACUCUGCCUCCUCUACCUCCGAAGUCUAAUGGCACGACAUCACCUCCUCAUCCUCCCAUCCCUCCACCCCUUCCUCAGGCUAUACUUUCAGCUGUGGCUGUUACUCCUUCCCAUCCGGCCGACGUCAACGUGUCUACUCCUCUUCUCAGAAAUUCAAGCGGUACUGAAGCUGCUGACGAUGCCCUUCCUAAUAGAAACGAGCGGCUUGGGGAAGAUGGAUGCCAUUUUGCUUCCAUGAUUGAGAAAGUCAAAGAUUAUGGCUGGUAUUGGGGACCCAUUAGUGGCAAAGCUGCAGAGAAGAUCGUGAGCAACGAGCCGGACGGAUCGUUCAUCGUGAGAGACUCCUCUGACGAUCACUAUAUUUUCAGUCUCACGUUCAAGCUCAACGGCCUCACGAGACACGUCCGCAUUGAGCAUGAUCAGGGAAACUUUUCGUUCGGCGGUUUUACGAAAUUCAAGAGCCAGACCAUCGUGGAGUUCAUCGAGAGCGCCAUCGAGCACUCGCGCUCUGGCCGUUAUCUGUUCUUCCUGCAUCGCCGGCCGGUGCUGGGGCCGAGGAGAGUGCAGCUUCUGCAUCCUGUCAGCAGAUACAGACGCGUCCAGAGUCUCCAGCAUCUUUGCAGGUUCGUGAUCGUCAAGAGCGUACGGCGCGACAGACUGGCGCUGCUACCUCUACCUGAGCGCCUCGUGCAGUACUUGAGCUCACCUCACUACUACAGCGAGUUGGUCGACCAGCUCAUGGCGGAAGAGGAGGAAGAAGAAAAACUUAGAGACCAACAAGAGAAUGAUGCUGAUGAUCUCGACGCUAGAAGAGAAGGUGAAGAACCCAUGAAUGCCGUUGUGGGUGAGAAUAGGGCAAGUGGAGGAACAGUUGACGAGGGAAACGGUAAUGUUAUUGAUCCUCACGAGUCUAUACCGAGACGAGACGAGUGUGCUAAUGCUAACACUGGUUGCUCCCCUUGUAAGGAGAACUCGUUAGCCUCUACACGCGACUUCGUGGUUCCAGAUCUUGAUGAUCCUGAAGAUGAGAUCGGAGUGAUAUGCAAUCCAUUCGAAUGUAGUGCAGUGGUUGAGGCAUUACAUCCAUUAGAUCAAGGCUCUAGUGUGGCUUCACUGGACAAUGAUGUGCAUGAAAUUUGUUUUGUUCAUUGCCAGGAAAAAGAGCAGAGUUCCUUGUGCCAGCCUUGCGAGUCUCCUGCUGUCCAAGCUAAAUGCUCAUGUGCAUCAGGCGGUGUUAAGGCCAACGUGAGCUCAUUUUGCCGUCGCUGUAUUGUGCACUCUCCUCGCAGUAUAUGUGUUGGUGGGCAUCGUUUACCGGUUGAGCAAAACCAGGAUGAUAAUGGUAACAGUGGAGCUAUUGGAGAAUCCGAGCAACCCUUUGUUAAAAUUUUAACAGGUGCAGAAUCUUUUUCUUUACCAGCGACCUGCUGUGAAGAGUCCUCUAAUUCAGCAAAAUUAGAAAUUCCUCGAAAAGAAAUUCGCACAAAAGAUACGAUCAAUGUUACUAAAUUUCAAAACGGUAAUCGACGCCCGUUGUCAAUGUCGUCUUUCUUGUGCAAUGUUCCCAAGAAAGUUAACAAGAUCGUGUCAUACCAGAUGGAUCUGAAUUCCGAUGGCCCUACUUUAAUCAAGUUCACGAAGCUUGUUGAAUCUUCGAGUAAAGAAUUUCACAAUCCGUUGUCAGUUCUGUCAAGCUGCACUGACAGUGAGGCAGUAGAGGCAGCACCAAACAACAAGCCUCUCAAAGAAGAGAAGCUAAUUUCACCUUGCAUACGGGAGGAGUGUGUGCGAGUAUGCGCGGUGGAUGCCACCUACUCUAACGUCCCUCUUGAUAAUGAAAUGUGUGCUACUCUUGUUGGGAGUAAUACUCGACGCUCGGUUGCACGAUGCUCUGCUUCCAUAAAAAGUUCAUUGAGUCCAGUGUCGCCGCUUGAAGAUCAGCUCUCCAGAGGACAUGGAGAGGAAAGUUGGACGACUUCUAUUGAAGGAUUAACGAAGGACGAGUCUAUACUCCACGAAACUCCUCUUACAUCUGUGAUAGUCAAUUCCAGUCUCGAGGAACUGGGAAACUUUUGAUCUGAUCAAUCAGUCAUGUUUGUUAUGCGUAAUGAAAGAAAUACUGUGAAUUGAAGUUAUUAUUUACUGCUAUUGUUAAGUUUGCUGUUUUCGUCUAGGCUAUACUUGAUGCAUCUGACCUUCCUACCUUAAAAAGUCCCACCUUCGGUGUGAUAAUUUUUCAUUUAAUUUCUUUGUUUUAGUUCAGUAAAAGUUUAUGAUUUGUUCUACCA